AUGGGGGACCUCAGCGCGCCGAUCAACUCUGAGCGCCAGCAGGACACGUCUCGCAGCCGCUCGCGCUGGUGGUCGCGGCCGGCGCGCGCCACCGUCGAACCGCUAGUCGCCUCUCCUGACGCGGCCUCUGACGAUGGUUCGGCCGCCGCUGGCAAAGCGGUCCGGCCUGGCCUCACGGUGGGCAAGGUGUUUGCGCUCUCCUCGCAGGAGAGGCCGGUGCUGCUGCUCGCCGUGCUCCUCCGCCUCGGCUCCGAAGGCUGCUCAUUUGCGAGCCCGCUCAUCCUCGCCACAGCGUACGACGCGGUGGUGGAGUCGUACGGCCACGAGGAGCGGGGCGACGCGACGCGGGAGGUCAUCCUCCGCACCUUCACGUGGGUGCUUGCGCUGCACGUGGCCGGCCAGGCACUCGGUUUCCUCUCCGGCUUCGCGACCGGUCUCUCGGGCGAGCGCGUCGUCUCGCGGCUGCGGCGGCGGCUGUACGAGCACCUGCUGCGGCAAGAGAUGGGCUUCUUCGACGCGCAGAAGAGCGGGGACCUGGCCACGACGUCGUCGCUCAACGACUUCUUCAUCGGCAUUGUCAAGGUCGUCGGCGGGGUCACGCUCAUGUUCAUAGUGAGCUGGCAGAUGACGCUGAUCGCCUUCCUCUCGCUACUUGGCUGGCUCGUGCUGGUCUGCUUGCCCGGGAUGAGGCUCGUGUCCCGCCUCACCAAGCAGUACCAGGCUGCGCUCGCCCGCGCGUCGGUCGCGUCGACUGAGUCGCUCGGCAUGAUGCGCACCGUCCGCUGCUUUGCGGC